UCGCUGACGCUGCUAAAUUGCAACAUAACAAGAUAAGAUAAAAGGGAACGGGUGUGGGGACUAACGCCAGCAAUGUCCAAACAAUAGUUAUAUGUUACGUCAACUGGAAAGAGACCAACAAGAACAGUAGACGCCCUAAACGGGGUAUAAAAGUUAGACACAGACAACAGGGAGCUGAGCUUCCCUUGGUGUGUACUUUUGUGCAUCUGAGGGUGGCUCCCGGAUCGAUCUGUACAACAAAUAAAGAGAGCUGACUUACAACCAUCCUUUGCCUCACGAAUGCAUCUUUUCCUCAUCAACGGACUCGGUGGAGUCUAACUCCAACAAUUGAAAGUUUCUUCAGAAAGCUACAACAAGCAGAGUCGUUCCGGAGGAGCCGGCAUCGUGCAGAGGGAGCGGAGUUGAAACGUCGGGAAUGUCGGCGGCGGGCACCCCGCCCCUGCUCGCACCUGCGCAGCCACCGCCUGGCACCCCGCCCCUGCUCGCACCUGCGCAGCCACCGCCUGACACCUCGCCCAGCCUCCAACACCACCACACCCUGCCGGCCAGCGAGUUCCGCAGCCUCGGCCCGCAGGACGCCCUCAGCGUGUUCCAAAUCGAACAGGAAGCCUUCAUCUCUGUGACGGGAGAAUGCCCACUUUGCCUGGAUGAGGUGCAGUACUUCCUCACUGUAUGCCCUGAGCUCUCCCUGGGAUGGUUCGAGGAGGGCCGCUUGGUAGCCUUCAUCAUAGGAUCUUUGUGGGACCAGGAGAGGCUAACCCCGGAGGCGAUGGUGCUGCACAAGCCCCACGGCACAGCAGUGCACAUUCACAUCCUGGCGGUGCACCAGGCCUUCCGGAAGCAGGGCAAGGGCCCUGUGCUGUUCUGGCGCUAUCUACAGUACUUACAAGGUCUGCCACAUGUGCGGAGUGCCAUGCUCAUGUGUGAGGAUUUCCUGGUGUCCUUCUAUCUCCGGUUUGGCUUCAAGGUGAUAGGGCCAUGCGAAAUCACCAAGGGCCCCCUGAGAUUCAUCGAGAUGGAAUGGCCCAUCGGGGAGCCGUCCAUCACACGGCGGGACAGUGAACGCUAAACAGCUGGGAAAGAAGAAUGAGCCUGGUUGUCAUGGUAAUGAGGGGGGCAGUUACUUGCUGAGAUGGGCGGUAAUACUGAUUUUUAAAGCUUAGUGUUUCUCUCUGUUAAGCAGAUAGGCAGAAAUGCACGAAGGACAGACACCUCACCAUGAAAUCAAAUAACACAUUAUAAAUUCGCAACGUCUUGAGAAAUAUUUCUACAUCCAUCUUAUUACCACUUACUCUAGUCAGGGUUGUGGGGCCAUUCAUAUGUGUAGAAUAUGAUGCUGAUUACUCAUUAGAUUCUUUUUCUUAAAAAGUUUCAUGCAAACAGACUAGGAGUAAGUCAUGCUCAUUUAUCUGACACGUUCUAUUCAAAUCAACUUAGGGUAAAGAGCAGGGUUACAAUUUGUGCACAUUUCCUGGGAUUUGAACCAAUGACCUUUGUAUCCCUAACACGACACUCUGCUGGAGCUACUACAGAAUAUCCCAAAAUCGAUAGUCUUGAUUCUGAAUUCCAAACUAUUCUGAUAACCCUGUUUAUCAAAGUCCGCCUUAUCAGACUGAACACAGUUUAAAUCCAUGUACUCUUCUCACCUUUUCUUCUGUAGUACACACGUAUCACGACUGAACUUAUCACUUGUGCACUUUUGUAGUCGUACAAACUGGCCUGUGUUUGUGGCAGCAUAAAGGGAACUUAAAAUCCAUAGUUGCAAUGUUACGUCUGGGUCUUGUAUCUGGGCGGUAUAACUGUGCUUAUGACACAGAACCCUCUCAUUCAACGGUGGUAAUAAGGAAAAAAAAGAUAAACGAAAGGAUUGAAGGUACAUCUGUGUCGUACUAACAUGCUCUAAGCACCAUCUCCGCUGCUCUAAACCCCCAAUCAGUGCCUCUGCUCUCAGGGGGAGACUGAGUAACUGAAUGGCUUUAAGUAACCCUUUGGGGCAAACUUGAAAAAAUAAAGGAACUGUCCUUCUCUGCUCUGA